AUGGAUGACAUUAGCGAACUUCUAAAUACUUCUAAAGGGUUAAAAGAAGAGAUUAAAGCCAUUGAAGAGUUAAAUAAGAAAAUAGCCCAAACUAAAGCCGAAAUUGAAGAAUUGACUAAACAUGAAGCUGAUCUUUUAAAUACCCCUGACCGAGUCUCAGUCUAUACAAAGCGACUAGAGAAGAUUCACCAAGAGUUAGAGAAGCAGACCCUUUUAGAUUCUCCUUUAAAAUGUCCAAGUGAUAUAUCAAAAGCUAGUGAAGUACUUACUCGUAAGCAACUAUUAGGAAAGAUCUUUGAAUACUUCCCACAACUAUAUCAUGAGGAAGAACUUAAAGCAAGUAUUGGUGAAGCUAAAGCCCGAAUUAGUCUCUUGCAAGUUGAUAAGGAGUAUAACGAGUUUAUCAAUCAGGUACAAACUAAGUAUCCAGAUGAAGCCCAUUUACUUAUCUCACCAAUUAGAGAUAUGAUUGUUCGAUCUUUGUUUUCAUCAGCCAAAGUCUAUUCUGGUCUGACUUCCUCAACAGUGCUUAUUUAUACUUACUCGUUGAAUCGGAAGGUUGAAAUUGAUGAGGAGAAAAUACUUCAGACAAUUCACCAGAGAAUAAAGAUGCCGGUAAAAAAGGAGGAUAUUGAGAAGCAGCCGUUGUACGUAUCACUUUCUAAGCUAGCUAUUUACGAAGAGAUUCUAGCUGAGGUCAAAAAAGCUAUUCUACAACGCCUUCCCAAACUAACUCUAGCCCAACUGGAACAAUACAACCAGGAUGUUUUCUAUGGCACCGUUUACUAUAUCUCUGAAGUGGAUAAAUGGAUGGCAGAUAAUCUCGUUCAGUGUAUGAAACCAACGACCGGAUUUUAUAGUGCGCUGUCUCCGGAAGAGCAGCGAGAGAUAGAGCAUGGUGCUUCAUCUGCCAAGGAGACUUCAGCACUAACUCUUCAGGAUGCCUUGCAUAUAUCAAUCAAAUCACAAGAAACAAAAACUAUCUCUAAAGAACUCUACCAACAGCUGAAGAUAGUCACUAGUAUUGCCAAAACUAAAAGAUCAACCGAUCCUAAGAUAAAACUGGCUAUUGCCGAACAACUCCAAGCACAUUUCCAGCCAAAUUCUACGACCACUAAUAGUCCUACGAUCAUCAUGAUCUGUCGACGACUAGCCGAUGCGAAAGUCCUUUUGAAUAUCAUUUUACUAGCCAGUACAGGUACGCCCGAACAUUCCCUUAGUCUUAUUAAUAGUAACGAAGAGUCUAUUCAAGAUGCUAUGGAAGAGUCCUUUACUAACCUUAUUCGGCAGUCCGGCAGUCAAACCAUUAAUCUUUCUGAAACAGGAGCACCUACUACAUUAACUCGGACAAUCCAGCACUUUCUAGCCACGACUGCUUCUUUCUUUACUGGUCACUUCCUGGCCCAUAUUCAAGCUGAGUUUUUCAACUCCCUCUUCCAAAUUGCCUAUCGUGUUAUUACUUCUACCUCCCUCUUCCAACAGCCCACUACGCACUGGCUCGCCAUUACUUCCCAACUCCAACAACUUGCUGAGCCUCAGGCCCAUAUGAUUACCCUCUACCCACAAAUAUCCAAUAUCAACACAAUCUUAUCCCAAGGCACGCCGACGGAAUUCCUUCAUUUGGACAUAAACUCCCUCGAAAUUCCCAAGCAAGCAAUUCUUCAUAUUCUUCCUCUCCUCUUCUCUGACCAAGCCCUCCAAACAGUCCUUGCUCACCUUGAGAAAGAGAACAAGAACGACUAA